UGCAGGCACCCAGGGCUAGCGGAGCCGCAUCAGACCUCCACCACUCAAGGCUGCCACUCGGAUGUUAACAAUACACCACUAUUGUGUGGAUUGGGAACUCGUAUAAAGAGGGGGAAUAUAUGCCCGACAGCCAAGCCAUUAACCACGAUUCGCUCCAUCCUCGUUCCAUGCUCUAGAUCAACGAUUAUCGGACUCGCUAUGAGCGAGGGCCCUUUCACUACGAGCCCUUCUUAGUCGACUGUGUCGCUGUGACGCGUUCUACCGGCAAGAUGGAUGUAGUUCAAGCAGUGUCCGGCUACAUCUCGAAGAUGGUGUCGGCUGGGGACAGCACGUCUGGGGCAGCUUCUGCCAAGAUGAAGAUCCUCCUGCUUGACCGAGAAACUGUCCCAAUCGUCUCAACCGCCAUCACACAGUCCUCGCUUCUCAACCACGAAGUGUACCUUAUUGACCGUCUGGACAACCCCAAUAGAGAAAAGAUGAGGCAUCUACGGUGUCUCUGUUUUGUGAGGCCCCACCCGGACUCCAUUGGUCUUCUCAUCGACGAGUUGAGGGAGCCCAAAUACGGCGAAUACCACCUGUAUUUUAGCAACGUGGUGAAGAAGUCAUCUCUGGAGCGCCUCGCCGAGGCCGAUGACCACGAAAUUGUCAAAGUCGUCCAGGAGCACUUUGCGGAUUACGUUGUCAUCAACCCUGACCUUUUCUCUCUCAACAUGUCUGCUCCCCAGUAUCGCAUCUGGAGUGGCGGUCCGGACAUGUGGAAUACCGAUUCCCUUCAGAGGGCAACAGAGGGCAUCAUGGCCGUCCUCCUGUCUCUGAAGAAGAAGCCGCUGAUCAGGUAUCAGAAGAAUAGCUUCUUGGCUAAGAAACUAGCCUCAGAGGUCAGAUACAACAUUACCCAGGAGGAACAACUCUUCGAUUUUCGGAAAGUGGACACUCCUCCGAUUUUACUCGUGUUAGACCGGAGGGACGAUCCUAUUACGCCCUUACUCGCGCAGUGGACCUACCAGGCCAUGGUCCACCAUCUCCUCGGAAUCCAAAACGGGAGAGUUGAUCUCAGCGACGUACCGGAUAUUCGGGAGGAACUCAAAGAGAUCGUCUUGUCGCAGGACCAAGAUCCAUUCUUCAAGAAGAACAUGUAUCUGAAUUUUGGCGAACUGGGAGGGAACAUCAAGGACUAUGUGGAGCAAUACCAGUCACAGACCAAGAACAACGCCAACAUCGAGUCGAUAUCGGACAUGAAGCGCUUCAUCGAGGAGUAUCCCGAGUUUCGGAAGCUAUCCGGAAACGUCAGCAAACACGUCACCCUGGUCUCCGAGCUCAGUAGGAGGGUUGGAGCAGAGAGCCUACUCGAGGUUAGCGAAGUGGAACAGAGCCUAGCAUGCAAUGAUAACCACAAUGCGGAUUUGAAGAACGUUCAAAAACUGAUACAGUCGCCGUCAGUGACCAUCGACAACAAGGUCGGCUUGGUCGCGCUGUAUGCCUUGCGACACGAGAAGAAUCCAUCCAACUCGCUGCCAAUGCUCGUCGAUCUACUCAACGCUGCCGGGGGGGUGCCAGCUCGUCACACUGAUCUAGUGGCGAAACUGCUCAUAUACCACUCAUCUCUACAGCAAACACAAGGCGGAAGCGGCAUCACGGAUAUUUUCGAGUCUACCGGCAUAUUUGGCGGUGCCACCAGUCGUUUCAAGGGUCUGAAGGGUGUCGAGAACGUCUACACGCAGCACUCAGCUCUGUUGGAGACGACGCUACAGAACCUCAUCAAGGGGAAGUUGCGGGACCAACAAUAUCCUUUCGUCGAGGGUGGCGGGACAACUAGGGACAAGCCGCAGGACAUUGUUGUCUUCAUCAUCGGAGGUGCGACUUACGAAGAGGCGAAGAUGGUCGCCGGAAUCAACGCAUCCACACCCGGUGUGAGGGUUGUUCUGGGAGGUACAACGGUGCACAACGCUACAACUUUCCUAGAAGAAGUUGACGAUGCAGUUUCCACAUGGCCAGAACCACCGCCAACCACAGCAGCUGGGAGGCUCAGGAAGGAGAUAGGGCGGAGGUGACGGGAUUCUCAGGCAAGGGGUGUGAAAUGGUAAUGCAUAGAUUGGCAUUGGAUCAAUUGAAUUUCUAAAGCAUGCUGUGCACUUCAAUAAGUCUCCUCAUCUGAAGCCCGUUGCGAUCACAAUCAAGUGUACUAUAUAUACGUCGUACAGUACCUAUGUAAGCUAGGGUUACGGUGGGGUGUGGCGAUAAAGAGAAUACUCGUCUUAUCGAGAUCUUUUUUUACCUGG